AUGGCAGACGUCGCUGCCACUGCACCCACAAAUGAAAUGACUGACGCCAUCCUAGACAAUGGCGAGGAGGAGGACUCCGAAAUCCUGCUCAUGAAGCAGCGUGUGGAAGAGAUGGAGCGCGAGGCGAAGAAGCUUCGUGAGCUGCAGGCGGCGGCGGAGAAGGCGGAGCAGAGCGCGGCGGGUAGUGAGGGAACGCCAAUGGAGACGGAGGAGGAAAAGGCGGCGUCGGACGGGCGGAGCGUGUACGUGGGCAACGUGGACUAUGCGGCGACACCGGAGGAGAUUCAGCAGCACUUCCAGGCAUGCGGGACCAUCAAUCGGGUCACCAUUCUCUGCGACAAGUUCACGGGGCAUCCAAAAGGGUACGCGUACGUCGAGUUCGCCGAACCGGAGCAUGUGGACGCAGCACUUGCGAUGGACAACUCACUCUUCCGUGGCCGUUUGAUCAAGGCCGCCUCCGCCCCGGUGACCAGCCGGAACGGGACGACGCUCCCGCCGUACAACACGACGUACUACUUCGACCAGCUCAUCGACCACAACAACCCGAGCCUGGGCACGUUCCAGCAGCGCUACUGGCACACGUACGAGCUCUACGAGACGGCGUACACCGGCUACCUCACCAACAACACCCUCAACGACCAGAUCGCGCAGGCUCAGAGCGGCGCCGCGAUCGUGCUCGAGCACCGUUUCUACGGGCUCUCGAACCCGUACCCCGACCUCUCGGUGAAGAGCCUCCAGGUGCACACGAUCCAACAGGCGAUUGACGACCUCGAUUACUUCGCCAAAAAUGUCGUCCUCCCCCAGCCGGACGGCGCGAACGUCAAGCCCGGCCAGGCUCCCUGGGUCCGUAUUGGCGCCAGCUACUCAGGUGCGCUCACGAGCUUCAUGAUGACCAACAAACCCGGCCUCUUCCAGGCGGGCUACGCGUCUUCUGCUGUCUCGGAGAGCAUUACGCGCUCUAGUGACUUCUAUGGCUAUUUCACGCCCAUCCGGGAGGGCAUGGCGACGAACUGCUCGGCCGACGUGCAGGCGGUUAUUGCCCACAUCGACAGCGUCUUCACUUCCAAGAACCAAGAGUCGAUCAAUACCCUCCUCGCCAUGUUCAACAUGACGGCGCUCGCGCCCCACCUCGACGAUGCUGCUGGUUCCCUCUCUCUCCCACCGCCGGCUACGGAACUUUCUUUCAGUUUUGCGACCCGCUCGAAGUCAAGCAAGAGCGCGAGUGCCAAGGGCUGGGGCCUCAGCAACGCGCUCAAGGCUUGGAGCUCGUUCUGGGUGAAUGAGUACUACUUGAAGCUCUGCGGUGACUCGGACGUCGAGUACUGGACCGACACCUCGAUCGACAACGCCGGCCGGUCCUGGUUUUGGAUCGUCUGCAACGAAGUCGGUCUCCUCGCGGAAGGCGCGCCGAAGGGCACGCCCACGCUCGCCUCUCGCCUCAUCCAGCCGCUGUACGACGAGCGCCAGUGCACGUACAUGUUCCCCGAUCAGUUCAAGAGCCUCGGCGACCUACCCGUGCCCAACGUCGACGCGACGAACAAGGCAACCUCUUCUUCGCCAACGGUCACCGUGACCCGUGGCAAGUCCGCCGAGGGCACGCACUUCGAGAGCACGCCCGGCCAGCCGAUCGCGAUCUCGGACGGCUUCCACUGCUCCGACCUCUCCACCGCCAACGGCGCCGCGGACGCGACCGUGAUCAGCGUCCAGAAGGCCGGGCUUGCGUCCAUCGCGGGUUGGCUGGCCGAGUGGAAGCCCUCGUGA